AGUAUAUUUUGCACUAUUAAGAUGCAUUAUUGGACAGAUAAUUAUUAUCCUAUUGAGUGUUCAAACAUGUAAAUUUAUAUAACUAUUAUGUAUUUUUGUACUAAUGUUUGUAUUGUACAACAGUCUGUAUACCUGAACCAGUUGCAGGCCAUUUUGAACAUUGUUAAGGCAUUGUCAGCACUUUUAAUAGGUUGCACAACAUUCAGGUCGCGCAAUGAGUUGUGUGCAAAACUGGUUAGCGCACGUGGGUCGCGCAACAAUCUACUUUUGCACACCACCCUAGCUGCGCAAACAGAAGGGUAUAUAAGCUGGGAACUUUUCUAGCUGGGUUAGUUUUUGAGGAGUUUUGGAGUGAGUUGGAGUUGGUUGAAACUUUAGAAGACAUGCAUAAAUAAAUUCGAGGACUGGACAAGGAAGGAAGAACGAAAGACAAAAUCAUUGACUUAAAAUGGCGGACUAUAGACAAUUAGUGUUUAUUUUUGUAUCAUUGAACUGCAUUAGUGUACACAUAGCAAAGUCAGUUAGCAGCACGUGCAAUGCAGACGAGUUUCUGCAAGCGGAAACAGGAAGUUGUGUCGCGUGCACGGUUUGUGACAUAAAAUUAGAGCUAGUCACGUGGAUUCCGUGCGCAAAUGACAGUGACACGAUAUGCGGUCCACAAUUAAACUUAGUUGAUCCUACAAAUAUCAAAAUAAAAAGUCAUGCUAAACAUAAUAUUGUGCUUAAUGACAAUGGGAGUUCAACUGAAGUGAAGAAAUGGAAGACAAUAGAGAACAUAAUGGCCGGCGUUCUUAUUGGUGUUGGAUUCACAUGCGUCAUUGUAGUCGUCACAGUGUGCGUUUUACGUCGACGUCGUCGGAGAGAUUCACAAUGGAAAAAACUGACAUUAUGUCCGUACAAUAUCAGGCGUGAUGAAGGUGUAAGAUCUAUUCAAGAAAUAGCCGAGGACAGAGAAAUUAUUAUUCAGCAGCACGGAAAUACGUACGUGAAGACGGAAGAUAUCCUGACCACUACGUGCCCUCUUCAGUCAACUGUAUAGUAUACGUGUCAAAAACAAUGAAAAAAUAUGCGACUUUUGUUAACGUGAAAAGCUGGUGCUAAUGGUAAGAUGUGCAAAGUCAAAAGUCGUCGAGCAAUUAAAUGCAUUUUACCUUUAAUAAUUGGUGUAUGAAUAUCAAUGAUCAAUGAAAUAGCAGGUUUUAACAGCGGACUAUAAGCUGGAAGCUAUACCACACCAGGCAUGCAAAUAUAUAUGUACUGUGACGUCCCAGAUAUGUAUUACAUACAUGUAUGUACCUUGAUAUCGCUAGUGCAUUGUUGAAACUGCCGUGUUCCAUCAGAAAAAAACAGGAUACAAUAUUCCAUACACCUAGCUGGGGCCAUCAAUAAGCAUGAAAUAUAUAUGUAAACAUAUAUUAUGUGUAAAAUAUGAAUUUUGUCUUUUUGGCUUGCAGCCUUUAUGAUAUACAAAUACAGUAAUUAAAAAAAAAUGUGAUAAUAAAUUGAAACCAAAAAAAAAACAAUUUUAAAGGGUUGGGAUGAUGGCACAACUGUGCAAGCCUUUCCUUUUAAAAGGAAACUUUAUUUCUUUUGGAACUUCUUCCCUAUUGCGCAAUCGAAACAUUUCGGUCCAUUCCGUCAUACUUCGGUAAAGGAAUGUUGAAUGGUAAUCUGCGAGAUAUUCCACAUAGUAUUUUCCACCGGACUCCUCCGAAAGUUGAGAUUGAAGUACUUUUACAUUUUAUUUCCAUCAUUAUAUUUUUUUUCAUAUGGAACUUUCUAACUCCAAUGUGGACGAUAUGAUAUGAUUUAGUCUUUAACAUAUCAUAUGUGUUGUUUGCAGUGUUAAUUGAUUGCAUAUGUAUGUAUGCAUUGUGUUGUAACUUUUUCCCAUUGUCAUGUAUAACAUUGUUUUUUUUUAAUUUGCGAUGAUCCACGAUACAGUGAAAAUGACUGUAUAAAUGUACAUGCAUAUCUGCGGCUAUCAGUUGCUUUUGUCAACAUGGCAUUUACAAAAGUCGGAAUAAAUUAACACGUGACAAAUGUCAAAUCAAGUCAGUGCCAGAAUAAAAUGUCUACAACACGUGCACAAAUAAAUACAAUAAAAAUGUAUGAAAUACAACAAGUGGUAAAACAUGCAUUAUGUAUAGGUUAGUGUUUAAUAAUAUGCAUUAACAAAAAUAAUUGGUCAAGCCUGCCGCAGGCAGGCGACCAAUUAUUUUUGUUAAUGCAUAUUAUUAAACAUUAACCUAUUUAAUGAUCAACAUUAUUUUUUUCAACUAACAACAAGGCAUUUCUGUAAAUCACCGAAAGCUCCGCCCUUUCGCUCUACAACAUGUCUACACCUUGUCAAGUUGCUAACAUGUCACAUUUAGAUAAGCUAAAAAAAUGGCCCAGGCACAUUUUCUACUGAAAUGUCACAGAAUUUAUACCUUUAUCUACAGUAAGACUAUCAUGUUUAUAAUAUAUCUGGAAAAAACCAGCGAGGAAAACGAUGCAAUUAGGUGAAAACAAUGGAGUUAAUGAAAUGUGUACAUCCUUUUAAAAUAAAUGGAAAAUGUGAGAAAAAAUACAUUACAGAUUAUUCAUUGAUACAAAUUCGUUAUUAGCUUCAAGUUAUUCACUAACAUUUAAAAUCCCUAUUGAUUUGCUCAUUUGAAAAACAGUUCAUUUUUUCUGUGUGAAGGGGGUCCAUUUUCAAUGAGUUUUCCAGCCAAAAAAUGUAAUCAUUGUAUUCUUGAUAUCAAUGACUGUUAAUGCAGUUUAUUCCUAUCAAGUGAAAGAAAAUAAUGUUUUGGUUACUUUUCUAUACAAUAUAAAGUUUAAAACAGUCAGCAAUUUAUAACAGUCAUUUUUCUUAGAGUUCAAAGGAUAUAAAAAAGUUAAUAUGCAAUCAUUUGUCUCUGCGUACCCAACAUGUAUUAUCUAUGUAAUAAAUCAGUUGAUUGUAUCCACCUGACCUCUACUAAUUUUUUUAUGUUGGCAUUGUUUUGCUAACUUUGACAUUUUACAACAAUACCUCUAACUCCUCCCUAAUAUAAUGCAUUAUUGAAAUUUGUUAGACUGCGGUUAGACGACAGAUUAAGUGAAUUUUAUUUAGUUAGUACACCGAUAAACCUGAAAAUUUACAGUGUCUUUUGAAUGUUUUUAAUACUUGGUGUGCUGAAAAUAAAAUGUGUAUUAAUAUUGACAAAUCCAAGAUUGUUCAAUUUAGAAACCCGUCUGUAAGAAAAAGUGAUUUUGUAUUUCGAUGUGGAGAUUCAGAAAUUGAGUAUGCCUCUCAGUACAAGUACUUAGGUCUUGUUUUGACUGAACAUUUAGAUUAUUCGGUCACAGCGAAAUGCGUUGCUAAAUCUGCCGGAAGGGCCUUGGGUUUGCUUAUAGCGAGGGAACGCUCAGUUGGUGGAUUUCCAUAUCAAGCAUUUACCAAACUUUAUGAUUCUUCUAUUGUACCAAUUAUUACAUAUGGCUCUGGUAUAUGGGCAACUGAAGACUUUAAAUGUAUUAAUGCAAUUCAGCAUAGAGCAGCAAGAUAUUUUUUGAACGUUGGUAAAUAUACUUCAAAUGCUGCUGUAAAUGGUGAUAUUGGGUGGCAACCAAUGAUUUGUAAGGUUAAAAAAACAGUUGUACAUUUAUGGUCUAGAUUAGUUAAUAUGUCAAGUGAAAGACUAAACAGAAAAGUGUUUGUUUGGUCAAAUAAUGCAAGUAAUAGAAACUGUAAAAAUUGGAAUUUUAAAGUUGUUAACAUGUUUUUGAAGUAUGAUUUAAAUGAACAUGUACAUAUUAGCAGGUUUGCGUCUAAGCAUGAAAUAUGUGGAAAACUUGUUCCAAAAUUACAUGUAUAUGAAGAAUAUGUCAUGUCAUGGCAUGCCGAUGUUAAUCGUGUUAAUGCACAGAGAGGAAAUGGUAGAAAUAAACUUAGGUUCUACCGAUUAUUCAAAACCUCUUUUCAUGUUGAACCAUACUGUAAAUUAGUGUUAAAUAGAUAACAUAGAGGUGCACUUGCAAAAUUUCGUAGUGGAACAGCCCCAAUCAAUGUUAAGAUUGGAAGAUAUAAUAAUGUCUUGUUAGAGAAUAGAAAAUGUUCUUUUUGUCACAAUAUUGGAAUUAAUGUAAUUGAGGAUGAGAUGCACGUGUUACUACACUGUCCUUUGUAUAUUGAUUUAAGACAACAGCUUUAUUUUAAGGCUUGUCAACAUUUUGCUAAUUUUGAUAGUGUAGAUGAUGUUGAAAAGAUAAGGAUACUUCUGAAUGAGGAGGCCAUUGUUAAUUGCUGUGCCAAAACCUGCUUUCAAAUGUUAGAAAAGCGUCGUGAUAGUUUGUAUACUGGAUAAUAUUAAACUGUACUAUAUUUUUUUUAUUGUAUAUAAACAUUGUUUUAGUAUAUGAACAUUGUUUUAGUAUAUGAACAUUGUUUUAGUAUAUGAACAUUGUUUUAUCUUGCUCUAGAAAACCUUUUUAAUAAUUCAUAUGUCUGAUUAGAUCAGUCCUGUGCUUUUACUGUUUAGACCAUUUUGUAAUGUUGAGCUUUAUAAACUAUUCCUUUUAAAGAUAUUCUGGGUUUAAAUUUAAAAAAAAAACAACAAAAAAUAACGACAGAUUAUCAUUAAGAAGAGUUUUCUAGGUCAUAGCAUUUAGAAUAUGUGUAUAUAUAUGGUAAAGAAAUUAGUAUAGUUUAGAACCGAAAAAUAAGGAGGGUUUGUUUUUGGUUAUACAAAUCAAUGCCAAGUCAUAAUUUUGACACAACCACUGUUGUUAUAGAACAUGAAUAUUUGGGUCUUCAUACAGUUUAGCACAUUACAGUUUUCUGAACUAUUUUGUUUAUGAUUAAAUUUUUCAGCCUUUUUUCUAUGGGAUAGACAGAGUAGUUUUAAUUUUAACUUUACUCAAAUAUGAAUACUUGCCAAGAUCUUUGAAUUGACAAAGUUAUGAUUAAGAACAAACUCAGAUGACAUUUCAUUUCAUUUCUUUUUCUGUAUAUGUACAUUAAGUGAGUUGUCAUUAAAAUAUGUGAUAGAGUUUUUAAGAAUGUGAAAAUGUAUAGUUUUUAAAUAGUCUCUAGCAAAUCAAACAUUUGAUUGGUUUCAUAUAUGUAUGCCAUUUGUUUUAUCCUGUAUUUUAUAUUGAUUGAUAUGUACAUAUAUGUUAUUGAGACUUAAAUAAAUAAAUGAAUAAAAAAUAAAAUAAAAAAGUACACAUUAACCAAAGUUAGACAAAGUAGAAAUUUGAAAAAUACUACAAUGUGAUUGGACAAAAAAUAAUGUUGAUCAUUAAGGAUGGUAUCAAGUAAUUAAUUCAUUGACAUUUAUUGAUAUAUUUAUUUAAUGUUUUAUUUUGUUUUCUUUGUAACUCCAUAUAUAUAUCGUUAUCGUGCUACAUAUGUUUUUUUUAUAUUUUAUAUAUCUUUAAAGAAAUAAAUUUUGUUGGU